AUUUUUAUCAAAACAGAUAUAAAUUAUUUAGGUUAAGAAGUAAAAUGGCACUGCUAAAAGGAGUUUCACAUCUUUUUCGAACGAGCUCUAAAUACUUUGGUGCAAGUGGCUUGCAGAAUCGUUGGUAUUCUGAAGAGGUUAAAAAAGCACACAAAAAGCAAAAUACUGAGAUUAUGUUCUCAAUGAAUUGGGAAGAUGUUGCACCAAUAAGACAUGCAAUGGGAAUCAAAAGUGGAGACAGAAUCUUCACAAUUGCAUCAUGUGGUGCCAAUGCUAUGACCCUUCUCCUGGAUGAUCCUGCUGAAGUUGUGGCCCUAGAUUUAUCAAUUCCACAGCUACAUUUGGCAAAGUUACAAGCAGCUUGCAUCAAACAUCUGACGUACCAAGAGUUCAUUGACUUUGCUGGAGUUGACAGAGAAAAUGUAAAAGCUGAGGAGCGUGUCCGCAUAUAUGAAAACAUCAGGAAAGCAUUAGAAUCAGAUGUAAGAGAGUUUUGGGACUCAAUGACACCUGAAAUAGAGUUUGGCAUUAUACAUUGUGGAACAUAUGACACAAUUUUCAGGAAUACUGCUGAGGAUAUGGUCUAUGUUGCACUUGAUACACGUGACAUCAAAACAUUCCUGGAAAUGGGUGAUGAUAUUGAGGAACAGGCUAACUUCUUUGAAGAAGUGAUUAACACCAAACACUGGAGAAAAGCAAUGUAUAGGCUGACCUACCAUACAACAAAGGAUAUGGACUUCUCCAUCAUUCCAGAUGUGGAUUAUGCAACAUUUUACUACAGGAGAAUGGUUGAUGUUUAUAAGAGCAUUCCAAUGAAGGAAAACUAUUUUGGAGAAUACCUUUUCACUGGCGGAUACUCUGGGAAAAACAAGCUCAGAGAUUACCUUCAAGAAGAGAACUUUGCUGUAAUGAAAGAUCGUGUUGAACGCUUGCAGUGGGUCCAUGGAGAACUCACAGAUUGGCUUGCCAAGUACCCUGCAAGCACUCAGCCACUAAAGUUUGAUGGCAUCUGUAUAUCUAACAUAACAGACUGGCUAUCCUUAGCAAACCACAAUGCAGCAAUUGAAUCAGCUGUCAAAAUCUGCAAUCCAGGUGGACGAAUCAUGUUUUGGAAUUUAAAAGGCAUGUCCAAAUACUGGCCAAGUGAAAUGAUUGACAAAGCAAUCAAGGUUGAACAUGAAAUUGAAACUUCGGCAACAUUACUAGAUCGAGCAGUUGUCUGGGAGCCACUCAGGGUUGCAACAGUUAUAUAGACAUUUUGAUAAAUUGAACAAAGUAAUAAAAUUGUAUGGCCAUCAAGUGACAUUUCAUUAAGCAUACCUUUAGCACCUAAGACUUAUAACCAGAUGUCAAAACCGAAAAA